AUGGAAUCAGCGGACCCGCGCCAGUUGUUCAAUGUAUCCUGGACCAUCCACCGUCUCUCCCCUCUCCAUCAUGGAAAAGACUGUGAAAGCCUCCUAGACAACCAGGUCGCCUUGAAAACAUACGCAACACGUCUACGUGACCAUCUCACAGGCGAUGUUCUCGCUGGGAUUCAAGCAAGUACGGGCGCAGCAGACGAUGACGCGCUCUCGAAAACUGGCGCCCUCAAAAAUUGUCUGUGGCACCCAAUCUCUCUCCAAUCAUCCCUGGGCGACGAAACGCCCAGAUCCUGGGAUACCUCAUUUUCUGGAAUUCUAGUGAUACUGGAAUAUGAAAAUAUCACCUACAAGGCCGCUCUGCUCGCAGAGACCUCAGCAACAUCCAAUGAGCGCAAGGGAUCCACAUCUCUCCCUCUCCUCCUAACCAGGUUCCCGACUGCUCUCCGGCAGACCUUUCUCGCAUUUUUGUCUGCCAAUUUCGACACCUACGUCUCGCCCCUGAGACUCCCGUCGAGUUUUCUCUGUGCGGGUUUAGAGACGUAUCUCGACGCCCUGCGCUCUCAGCCAGGUGCGGCCGAGACCGUCGAAGAUGUGGUCAAAGAACUCCAGCUUACACUCUCCUUCUCGCCAUCCAUCGCGCCAGCAUUGAGAUCACUCAAUGUCAAUCUAUCCCGUACCGCGCUGGCAGACUUCCUUCGCGAGUCGCGACCAGCGCCGAAGCGUACUCUGAAGCAGAAAUUGCGGAGCCCUUUGAUUGCCAAUCUUACUUCUUAUCUGGAGACCCAUCUCGCUAUGAAUGUUGAUCUGGACGGGUCGUCAAAUGAGGCUUCCAAGAAACAUGUGCGGCUAUCUAAGGUUACUUGUGCUGCUUUUGUCUUGGGUGGUGAGGGCCGCGUGAAGCUCGUUGUGGCAGCUGAUAAGGACGGUGGAGAUGACUCGGCGGAGCGGGCUCGAAGUGACAAGCACAAAUUGGCUUUGGAGGCUGGGCAAGAGCUUCUUCGGUCUGUGGCUCGGAGGGCGGUUGUUGGGGAUCAAACGACCACAUGA